UCGAUCGGAGAAGUCGAUGCGGAGUGCGAAUGUUUUUUUGGUUCGUCGAUCGUUUGUUUUGUUCAGGUGAUAAGGAGAGCUCGCGAAGUUUUCAUGAAGUUGUUUUUUUUUUACUUCGCGGGUACUCUGGGUGAUCUAUGUGGAGGAGCAGAAGCAAAAAGUGGAAAUACUACGUCGGGAAAAUCAGGUCCGUACCAGUAUUGUGCAUGUGCUUAUUUACCCGUCACACGGAUGACCGACGGAGUGCUUAAGUCGAUUUAGUUAAAAGCCUUUCGUGGCGGAUAGUUGAUUAUUGUGGUUUCGUUGGAGAACUGAGUGCGGAAGAAGGUGCUUAUUAGUGGAAAACCAUCGCAGGAAAAGUUCGAUCCAGAAGGGGUUUCAAAUCGAAAAGUACAGCGAUGAAUUGCGAGAGUGAUUAAAUGGAAUUAAAGUGGAAAAAGAGCAAUAUGUUUACCCCUGAAUAGUGUGCAAUUUAUCGUAGGUGAUAUGCUAGUGAAGUGAUAAUUGGUUUUCUGCUGAGUUAUUAGAGUUUCUAGAGAACACAACAGACAACAACAUUUUGCUAAGCGGAUGACCUCGUUUGGUCGUUUCAUUCAUUUGAGAGAACACCCCAAAUCAUACUAUACUGUUUCCAAACCUGUCCUCAUACGCAUCACCAAAAAAGUGUACACACAUGAACAACAGUAGCAACAUUCGGACAACGAAAGAAACAAAUGAAAUUAAAAAUUUAAAACAAACACCAACUAUAAAAGCUUAUUCGCUCGAACGAACUGAGAAACGCAGAGUGAAGCCGGGAACGAAAACAAAAACCUGCGAAUUCCAAACGACAUUUUCCCUCGAAAAUUGAAGAUCUCGUCUCGCGCCUCGUAUGGUUCCCCACUAUCCGGAAGAGCGCGGCUCUGAAAAACCUGUUUCUAGCCGAUGAGGAGCUGAGAAGCAUGGUGACAUGUUGCUGCCAGACCAAACGUACGAACAGGCCAACAACUAUCAGGACUACUUACGAUCAUAUGAUGAAUUCAACCGAAUCAUCGAUCUAAAAGAAAUCGAUGUCAAACGGCUGCACCGUAACAUUUUCGACAGCGACAACCCGGACGAGUUUGUGGUGCUGACGAAUAAUGAGAUGAAAUUUUGUCAGACCAGCCGAUGUGGUAGCAGUGUUCCGAGCGCAGCCGGUGUCAGCGUUCCUGGUUCCAGCGGAGGCAGCGGAAAGAGUCCGGCGAAGGAGGAUACCGACAGUGCGAUUUGGAGUACCAGAGAACAAUUGAAAGGCAAGAAUGACAAUGGCGAAAUUGUAACGAAUGUAGCUGGCGGGGGAGCGACAGGUGACAGGGUUGGCAGCAGAUACACAUGUGAGCGGAAUGGCGCAGGACAACGGCAUCGACGGUUGCGACGAACCAACGCUAGCAGCUGCAGUAGCCUCAGUUGUGAUGAACAAACGGAUGUUGGCAGUGAGGGGGACGAGGUUCCAGGGUCACUGGGAGAUUCGUUCGAUGGUCGGAGAGGCGGAGAGGAACAGGAAAACGAUUACGACAAGACGUCCGACUUUUUCAACAACAUUCCGGAGUUUCAAGGUGAAUCUCUUGGUCCGUUCAGUUUGCACGACAAGAAUGAUUUGAACAUCCGAACCAACAUCGAUAUCCUGCGUGCCUGUGAGUUGUUUUUGAUGCGCAAUCGGAUUCGACCAGAUUUUUUCUGCAAAUACAAAAAAGUGAUCAAUGCCUCCGUAUCAGCACCUCCCUCGUUUCCACUGUCGCGCUCGAGAACUCCUGUUGACAGCACUACCCGUAAACCAAAAAGUGUUUCGCCCUCAAUGCACAGACAUCCGUCCUCCCGGGUGAAAAAUGGAGGAACGCCAGCCAAAUCCAGCGCGGCGAUAAACGCACUCUACAGCGUGCCAAACCGGGCCGGAAAGCGAAGACGAUUUAUCGCCACCUCAAAUACUGGUAAGUAG